AUGGCGCUCGACAAACUCCCUCUUGAUUUAAUACACAUAAUAGCGCAAGAUCUGUCCAAGCAAAGUGACCGCCAUGCCUUGAUUUUAUCGUGUCGUCGCUUCUAUGAACUCCUGCUACCAACGCUUUACUCAAAAGUCACGCUUUUUGAACCAAUCGAUGACACAAAAUGGUUCAACUUUAUGCACACCAUCGUCCAAAGACCAAAAUUGGCCGAGGCUGUGAGGGAUCUCUACGUAUACAGCUGGGAUGUCAGCGCCGCCACUGAUAAUUUUCACUGUGACCCCAAUCUCAUAUCUCAACUACUUGACGAAAUAAACCAGCCUGAUGAUGAAAGAGAUGAAUGGGAGGAGGACGCCCAAGACGGAGUUUGCGAUGCUUGGCUGGGCUUAAUUUUGCCGCGACUCACUAAUUUAAGAAGCAUCGUCGUUGUCUUACCAUACGGUUCGGCCUAUUUUCACCAGAUCCUCAGAAAAGCGGCAUUGGGAGAUGUACGAGCAUUCUCAAAACUCGAAGCGGCUUACAUCACAUGGUAUGGUGAAAGAGGUGCAGUGGCCUCCCCGUAUCUCAUGUCCUUCCUCCAUUUCCCCAGCAUGCGCAGACUGGGAGGAUCUAGGAUUGCUGAGUAUGACCCAACCUCGACAGAGUUAUUUACAGGUGAAAUGGAUGAGCUUCCUCUCAUUGAAUCUUCUGGGAUCACACAUAUUGAGUUCCAAAGAAGCAAUAAUACCGAGGACGGAAUGCUUCAUUUGAUCGGCAGCUGCAAGGCACUACGAUCGUUUAGACUAGGAUACGGUGGUGUGAUGACUUCGGAUGACGACUUUCAUCCGCGAGCUCUUGUUGAAUCUUUGAAGCGCCACAAGACAAGCCUGGAACGCCUCUGGGUGGAAAUAGACUGCGAGGACCCGAUCGACGGAGAGGAUAUGCUGAUUGGGUCUCUUGUCGAAUUUACUGCCCUAAAACAUUUGCACGUUCGGCUUCCAGAUCUCCUUAACUUUGGUCAUUUUGGUGAGGGGCCACCACGGAAUGCAUUGAAAGAUGUUCUUCCUCCUUCUCUCGACACCCUGUAUCUCUCCUGGUGUAAUCCGGUUCAUUUACAGUACCUACCUCAGCAGCUAGAUGAGCUGAUUCAAUCUCGCCGAGAAUCACAGCUGAUGAAAUUUGACAUUCAGGAUGAGGGAGAGGUGGAGCUGACUGAUCCCUUAAUAGAACAGCUGCGGGAUAUUUGUAGUGCUGCAGGGAUCGUGUUCAAAUUUGUCAGUGUUCAGGAUAUGGAUUGGGAGGCUCGAGAGCAGUAUCGCCAAUCGACAUGGCCUCUGGCGAGGAAUUUUGCGGAGUCGAUCUCUUUUGUGGCGGAUAGUCAACCUGAAGAUUAA